AUGGCUAUUGUUGGUCUACAGACUGCUCGACCUGUGCUGGCCAGCACCGUCGGUGGUGAGAUAAGCAAAGUCGUGUUUGGUGACCCUGUGAUUCAUAAACCGGGCUUACUUGGCUGUUUUUACAUGUUACAAUAA